GAUUUAAUUUAUGCAGAAAUAUGUAAAAAAUCCUAUCAUACCAAAAUCGUUGCUACCUAUCUUUCUUGCCAAGAUACCGAGGAUAAGUCGAUUCUUUACAACAAUAAUGAUAAUAGCAUUUUGCUACCACAUUUUCUCAAUACUACAACCACCUUUGAUUAUGUUUGCUACCUAAGAUCUUAUUCUAAGAAAAAUAUUGACCAAAUAAUAGAAAGUUGGAUUAAGAACAUUACUAAAGACUUAACUCUUCAGGAACAGGCUAUUUGUUUACUGAAAAGUUCUAUUUCUUUGGCUCUAGAAAAAAUGAUUUUAAAGAAAUGCAAGAUGAUUCGCAAGAUACAUAUCGUUGAAACAGGAACUAUCUCUUUUUUAAAUCCACAAAUUGAUACGAUUUGCACUUGGGAAAACUUAGAAUUUUGCUUGCUGGAACUUAAUGUUGUUACAAAAGUUAUUGAUUUUAAGAAAAUACUUAAGCAGAUUUUUCAUCAUAGUGCUAAACUAAAAAGUUUAGAUAUUUUGAUUGCCAGAUAUCAUUCCAGCAUUUUUGAUCUCCUAAAUAGUUUGGUGCAAAUGCAGGAUAAAAUUCAAAAAAUUAGUCUCGAGAUGUACACUUACAAUCCUCGGCUUUUAAUAAUAGCUUAUUCUAAUUUAGUUAAUCGGCAAAAGAAUUUAAGCAGUUUUAAAUUUAUAGCUAAUGCAUAUUCCUUCUAUCAGGAUCUUUUUACUCAUCGUUCUGGUUUGGUAGAAAUCGAUAACUUCAAUUUUGCUGCUAAUAACUUAAUGAAAAUAGUAUUAAACAUAGUAAAAGUUACUCCAGAACUACUAGCCAAAUUAAGUCAAUUACCUAAUCUCAAGGUUUUACAAAUCAAAUACUGUGCUAUCCAAGAAGAGCUUGACUAUAUCGCUUGCCAAAGCAAAUUCUACAAAUUACAUGACUUAGAGCUAUUCUAUA